UUGAGGGAAAAGGCGGCCGGUCAAUUCAUCGCUCGUUGCGAGUCAAACACUCUCACUCGACUGUCGACACUCGUUGCCAGUCAAACACGAUCUCUAGACGAAUUGGAUUUCCGAGCUAACACAGAAGCAAAGCUUCCGAACAAAGUGACACAUUGGCCAAGCUUGCAUUAACAACUCGAUCAAUCAGACAAAUCACUCAUCCAGAUCCAGUCUACCUGCCGCGGAGCGAUGGAGGGUGACCGGAGCAGCAGGAGAUGGCUCUUCGUGUCGCCGAACCCGGCCGUCGCGGCAGCCGGGGAGCGGAGCGUACAGCCGUACCUCCUUGACAUCCACGGCUGCCUGGACGAGCGCGGCCCGCGGCCCGUGAUCCCGCUCAGCAUCGGGGACCCCUCCUCGGCCCCCUCUUACCGCACCGCUCCCGAGGCGGUGGAGGCCAUCGCCACCGCCCUCCGCUCCGGUCAGUUCGACGGCUACCUGUUAGUGCAACAGCUGACGGGCAACAGUCAACAGCGACAUCUUCUGGAGCAGCUGCAGCGCAGGCAAAGGAAGCUGGGCCGCGCCGAGGCAACCGGCCCAGGAAGGCUAACGUUCUGA